AUGGCGAAUAAUAGUCAACAACAGCAAGCAUCCGCAUCUACAAACGAUAAUAAUAUUACUUCCAAUGUUGAUAAUCAUCCAUCGUCUUCAGACACUAACAACAAUCUUGUGAAUCAACCUAUAGUUGAUUUCGCAUCUUUGCUCGAAAUACCUCUUUUUAAUGAAUUAAUGCUUGUAUAUGAAAUUCAGUAUAACGCAACCAAAGAUGCUCUCAAACAUUUCCUCGAAGAACAGCCUAAUUUGAUUCUUCCUCUCUUUACCAAUGUACUGUGGAAUUUGCUGGUCAAUCCGUUGUUGGCUAUUAAUCCAGUCACAAAUUUGAAUUUAUCUACUCAGGAUAUGCCGAUACCUACUGGAGACCUACAGAAGAUUGCAGGAGAAAUGUUGAAUAAGACUAAAACACCUAACAAUAUGCAAAAUGUAAUUAAUCCUCAACGAUGCAAUCAACGCGUGCAUGCUCAAUUAGACAAUCAUACUUAUAAACGGACUCGGAUCAUGAAUCGCGCUGAAAAUCAGAAAAACAACUCCAUUCUAUGUAACGUUUGCGCAAAACCAUUGAAAAAUCGGGCUGCAUUUGUGAAACAUCGUCGACGACAUCUUGGUAUCUCAGAGCUUGCUUUUGCAUGUGGAACAUGCGACAAACGGUGCAGCGAACGUCGUCAUCUAGCGGUUCACUGCAAAAACAAACAUCAUGAAAUGCCAUCGGCGCCAUCCAAGCCCGGCUUUGGAAGUAAUCUGGAGCAAGAUAUGAUCAAUCUUAAUGAUUCAAAAGAAGAAAGUCCGGAUUCAGUUCCUGAAAUAAACUCCGUGAAUGAGAAGGUACUUGUGAAACUCUGGCAAUCAGAUGAUGAUAAAAAUAGCAUUCCGAAUGGAAGAGAUAUGUGUAAUCAGUUGUAA